CAGGCUUCAAGCAAAGGUCACACAAGCUUCUGGGAGAAACAACUGCUUUGAAAGGGAAGACUUGGGAAAGUGCCCAGUGAGGUCCAUUCAGGGGUGAAUGGAUCCUGUCUUCUAAAAGGGACCACCGAAGAAGCAAGCCGUGUGAGCCCCCAAGCCUGCAUGUCUGUCUGCAACAACGGCACCAGCAUGCCUUCUCCACAUGAAGCUUCCAAUGGCUUCCCCCAGCCCAGUGCCUCAGGCACAUGGCACAAGCCCGAGGAAGAAGCUCGGCUGGUGGAGGCCGGCUUGGUGAAGAAGGCCCAUCGAGAGAUCCUGGACCAUGAGAGGAAAAGGCGUGUGGAACUGAAGUGUAUGGAACUCCAGGAGAUGAUGGAGGAGCAAGGGUAUCCUGAAGAGGAGAUCCUGCAGAAAGUAGGGACUUUCCGGCAGAUGCUGAUGGAAAAGGAGGGCGUGCUCACUCGCGAGGACCAGCAUGGGAGGCAGAUAGUGAUAGAAAACCAUCAUAUGGUGGAUGGAGAGGAAUACGCCAUGGAGUACCCCGCCUAUGGGGAGGGCUACCCCGUGCAGUGUGACUGUGCGACUGACUGCUAUCAAGAUGACAGCAGUCACCGAGAGUACAGGCUGAAGAGGCGGUCCAGCACUUCAACCUCUCCCCCACCCAAGAAGAAAAAGAAAAAGAAAUCGGGUCACCGCCGGAGCCGCAAAAAGAGGAAGCCUGGAUCAGAACGCAGCGGGGACAGCUCUUCUCCAGUCCGGAAGGAGAAGAAGAAGAAGACAGGGAAAAAGCAUAGGAGGGACAGAUCUGCAUCAGGAUCCCGCAAGAAGAGGAGGCACAGGUCCAGAAGUCCCAAGAGCAAACGGAAAGAGAAAAACAAAAACCGCAAAAGGUCACACAGUGAAUCAUCUACCCAGCAUUCCCACAGGCACAGCAGCUGCAGUUCCCGGAGUGCCUCCCUCUCCUCAGGUUACAGCAACUGCAAAUCAACAAGUCGACUGAGCCCCAAGUACAGAGAGGAUGGCCAGAAGGCCAACAGCCAUCGGUCCAGCCGAAGUCCCUCCUCUUCUUGCACUGGUCACAGCCGAUCAGCCACACCUCACCAAAACGGACACAAGGGAAGCACCCAGAAUGGCCGCCAUAGCCACGGUGCCCUAUCGGAGAAACAACAGGAGAGGCUGGAUUCUGCAUCACCUUCACCCAGGGUGCACAUCAAGACCGAAGCGCCAUUGCCUCAUGCCAAAGUUGGCAGGGGGAGCAGACAUGGCCUCAAGACUCCGCGGCGGUCGACAUCCCCAGGGAGGUGCUUGGGAGGAGAGAAGCACCUUCACAGGCGCCGAUCCCGAUCCUCUUCGAUGCAUAAGCACAAAGGGCGUGGGAGGGCAAAGGCUUCUGGCCCCAAGGACUCCCCACGUUCUGUCAGCCAAACAGGCUACAGCAGUGACUCAGAGGGGUCUGCCAGCUCGCAUCCAUACCAUGCGGCAGCCGGGGCAGAGAAGAACCAGGGGGUGCACCUGAAAACGGCAAAGGAAAGGCAUCAUCGCAGUAGACCUCACAGCUGCUCCCCACCCCCAGCCAAACACUCCAGGCACAAUUCUGGGCGAAGGAAGAGCCUGUCACGCAGUAGCACCUGGAGUUCCAGUAGGUCACCAUCAAAAUCACGGUCUCGGUCCCGGGAGAAGAGAUCUGCACGCAGCAGGACUCGGUCUGGAUCACAGAAAAAAACCACAAGCAGCAGAGAGAAAGACAAUGAGCCGCGAACCCGGCACAGCGACACUGAACCGACCCGCGCCCGUCGUCGCUCCCGAAGCUAUUCCCCCAUCCGAAAGAGAAGGCGCGACUCUCCCAGCUUUAUGGAGCCCAGAAGGAUCACGAGUGCCCGCAAGCGUCCGAUCCCCUACUACCGGCCCAGCCCGUCAUCCUCCAGCUCGCUGAGCAGCUAUUCCUACAGCCGUAGCCGCAGCUACGACAGCUACAGCCACAGCCGCAGCCGGACGCGCAGCCAUAGCCGCAGCCCGAGCUACAACAGCUGCAGCAGCUCGGAGAGCACCGGCUUUUGAGCCCCAACAUCUGGGUUGCUGGAGAAUCUGGGCUUCACCCUCUCCCCAACCCAGUCUCUUCCCCAGGCAUGCCCUACUUAAAUCCAGGGUUCCUAGGCCCAUCCAACACCAGUCUCUUUGUCCCUUCUCCGUCUCAUCCAGAGUCUUCUCAAUGUGUCUCUGGAGAGGCUGGAUGUCUCCCACCAGUGAGGGCAGGGGAGUAGCUGGUCCAACCUUGGAAUCAGGAAAUCCACAGGAAGGGCCCAACAGGGAAGAAACUGCAGAGUUACCCAUGAAAGGAACACCGCGUCAUAGGAGAAGCAAAAACUCUGCUUGUAAGCGCACGUUCUUGGCGAAUAUCAGUGAAGAGUCAUCACAAGACAUUCCCAAAAAGGACAUGGGGAUCUAGCUGAUAAAUGCAGGGGGAGAGGCACAAUUUCUCCCCCUAAUUUCUACUGGCAAAAAGUUAGGGAGGGAUUCUGGGGUGGAAACACAUGUAUGGGUGGGAUGAGACACACAGAGCAAAUGAACAAACUUAGACUCUUAUCACAGAACUGGACUCUUGGAAAGAAAAGAUUAUCCUCUUGGGUUCCCUCCCCUCCUUUCCUGAACAAACAGCUCACAGAAGGUACUUCCUUGGGCAUUCAUUAUUAUUUAUUUAUUUGAUUAUUUAUUUAUUUGACUCCAGCACUGCCUGGGGAAACCCAUGUUUAAUUUAUUUUGACGCUGAAAGGAAGUUGGGGCUCUGUGCGUGUGUAUAUUUUCAUGGGAAGAAAUCAUGCAACUAAGUUGCUAGGCUGAGGUUGGGGUAUAUAGAGUAUGAAGGAUAGAUGGAAACAAGGAAGGAGGGAGGGAAGGAAGGGGAGGAAGAUGAUUGCUGGAAAGAUGCCGAUUCCGUCCUGAGCAGACACCAUCUCUCAGUGUCCUGGAAAGGAUCACAGCUCGGUGCUGAAGCACAUGAUUUGCACAUAGGUGCAAACAGAGAAUCCAGAGCUAUUUGUCCGAUCUCA